AUGCAACUAUAUUUGCUGUUAGGACUUGUUUGCUUCUCAGCAAUCAGCGCUAAAAUAUAUUUCAAGGAAGAGUUUUUGGAUGAUGAGUGGGAAAAAAGAUGGGUAAAGUCGAAACAUAAGGAUGAUUUCGGCAAAUGGGAAAUAUCGCAUGGUAAAUUUUACGGUGAUGCUGUGAAAGAUAAAGGCCUCAAGACAGCACAGGAUGCGAAAUUUUAUUCAAUCGCUGCUGCAUUUGACAAGGGUUUUUCAAACAAGGGUAAAUCGCUGGUUGUCCAAUUUAGUGUUAAGCAUGAACAAGAUAUCGACUGUGGUGGUGGUUACAUUAAGCUGAUGGCAUCAGAUGCAAAUCUAGAAGACUUCCAUGGCGAAACUCCUUAUCAUAUUAUGUUUGGUCCUGAUAUUUGCGGUCCUGGAACAAAAAAAGUCCAUGUUAUAUUCCAUUACAAGGGCAGGAAUCAUAUGAUCAAGAAGGACAUCCGGUGCAAGGAUGAUGUCUUCACGCAUCUUUAUACAUUAAUUGUAAAUUCUGAUAAUACCUAUGAAGUGCAAAUUGAUGGUGAGAAAGUUGAAUCUGGAGAACUGGAAGCAGACUGGGACUUUCUUCCUCCGAAGAAAAUUAAGGAUCCAGACGCAAAGAAACCAGAAGAUUGGGAUGAAAUGGAAUACAUUGAUGAUGAGGAUGACAAGAAACCCGAAGACUGGGACAAACCGGAACACAUUCCUGAUCCUGAUGCAAAGAAACCAGAAGACUGGGAUGAUGAGAUGGACGGAGAAUGGGAGCCACCGAUGGUUGAUAAUCCAGAAUAUAAAGGAGAAUGGAAGCCGAAGCAGAAGAAAAAUCCUGCAUAUAAGGGCAAAUGGAUUCAUCCAGAAAUCGAUAAUCCAGAAUACACUCCAGAUGAUAAUUUGUACCUUUAUGAAGAUAUUGGAGCAAUUGGCUUUGAUUUGUGGCAAGUAAAAUCAGGGACCAUUUUCGAUGACAUUAUUGUGACAGACAGUGUGGAGGAGGCCAAGAAGUUUGGUGAAAAGACCCUGAAGAAAACCAGGGAGGGUGAGAAGAAAAUGAAAGAAAAACAAGAUGAGGAGGAAGAGAAGAAGAGGAAGGAAGAAGAAGAGAAGAAAGAAGAAGAAGAGAAGAAAGAAGAAAAGGAGGAAGAAGAAGAAAUGGGAGAAGGCGAAAAGAAAAAGGAUGGCGAAGAACACGAAGAAUUGUAA